AAUUUCAAAUCAAAAUUAUUUUAUAACAGGAAAUACAAAUACUAUAUAUUUACGAAAGAUUCUAAAAUCCAAAAUGCAGUCAAGCAGUAACUUUUUUAAGAGUUUUGUUCCCGUAAAAAUCUACCAGUCAGUGAGUUCCCUAUAUAUGACAUGCAUAUCGAAAAUGCCGCGGAACUCCACUCAGCCGGAGUGUGACCACAGGUUGGUGAUCGAACAGGCCUUGGUUUCUGCCGUGGAUCAGACACUCCGGCCCUUGGACUAUGAGAAACGCCAGCGGGAAGCCCGCGAGAUUCUUCUCAAGUCCCAGGAGAAUCUGUUUCAAGAGAUGGGCCUAGGCCAAAGUUCGGCGGAUGGAGGAGGUGUGCUAACGGAAGACGAUGAAGACGGGGCUUUCAGCGGACCAGUGCGUCUUAGGUCUGAGAUAUUACUAAACGAAUAUAGGAAGUUGUACGAAGCGCCCGCCAAGACGGCAUCUUACGAAGUUCUACUCCUGAAGGACAUCAAGCAAUAUACGUGGCUGAUACUGGGCCUUUGCAUCGCGGCGUGCAGCAUCUUUACUCUGAUCCAUUUGAUAUGACCUGUCACCGAACUAUGUACUUAUUGAUCUGUGGCGAACGCGGCGAGCAAAACAAAACGGCAAUCGAAUAAACCAUAUAAAGACCGGGAAAAUUGAGGAAACGCCGCUUAUGUAAAGUAGAAUAUCCGCAGGCAGGCGAACGGAAGGCGAGGUGCGAAAACAAUAAAAGCGGACGGAAGUGGACAGGGACGGAAACCGACGACGGUUCCGUCGAUCGUUGGACUGUUUUCUGACCAAUGCCACAAUAGAUAUUAUAAACCAUAGACCGGCUACCGGGCUUCGC